GUGCGCUGUGUCCCUAGGACACAGCAGAUCACCGAUCAACGGAAAGAGCUGAAGACGUCGGCUCGGUCAUGUGAUCAGCUGUGUCCAAUCAUAGCUGAUCGCAUGGGACAUGUACACUGAUCAUCAGGGCACUGAUGAUCAGUGUGCCCUGAUGAUCAGUGUAGCCCCACCAGUGCCACCUUUCAGUGCUCAUCAAUGCCACCUGCCAGUGCCCAUCAGUGCCUCAUCAAUGCCACAUAUCAGUGCCUACCAGUGCACAUCAAUGCCACAUAUCAGUGCCCAUCUGAGCUGCCUUUCAGUGUCAGCUAUCAGUGCCAGUCAGUGCCACCUAUCAAUGCCAGCCAGUGCCACCUAUCAGUGCUGCCAAUUAGUGCCACCUAUUCGUGCCAGUCAGUGUCGCCUAUCAGUG